GGCUACUGAGAAAAACGUGUCAAAGAGUGGCGAAUCACGCGACGAGUAUUAAGUCUUGACGCGCCUCUUCUUCUUCUUCAUGUGUUUCCUCCUUCGGUUUUAAAAGCUCUCUUCUUUCGUUCCCAAAGCCAUCUCUCUCUCUCUCUCUCUUCUUUAAAGUUUUGAGAUAAGACUUUGACGAGUGAAUUAGAGGAUAUUUGGUUUGGAAGAAGAAGAAUGAAGGAGGAACAAUCAAGAACUCUGUUUGGAAUAUCUCUGUCUGAUCGACCAACUUGGCAACAGUUUCUCAUUUGCACUUCUGGUUUCUUCUUUGGCUACCUCGUUAACGGAGUUUGCGAGGAAUAUGUUUAUAAUCGGCUCCAAUUUAGCUUUGGUUGGUACUUCACGUUUAUACAAGGAUUUGUCUACUUGUUCCUCAUCUACCUUCAAGGGUUCACCACAAAACAUAUUGUGAAUCCCAUGAGAACUUAUGUGAAACUCUCUGCUGUUCUCAUGGGAUCACAUGGUUUAACCAAAGGAUCUUUGGCUUAUCUCAACUAUCCAGCUCAAAUCAUGUUCAAAUCCACCAAGGUGUUGCCGGUAAUGAUAAUGGGAGCGUUCAUACCCGGUUUGAGAAGAAAAUACCCGGUCCAUGAAUACAUUUCAGCGUUCUUGUUGGUUCUUGGUUUGAUCCUUUUCACAUUAGCAGACGCACAAAUGUCUCCUAAUUUCAGUAUGAUCGGUAUUUUGAUGAUUUCUGGUGCGUUGAUCAUGGAUGCUUUCUUGGGUAAUCUUCAGGAAGCCAUUUUCACGAUGAAUCCCGAGACAUCUCAGAUGGAGAUGCUUUUCUGCUCAACGGUUGUUGGAUUGCCCUUCUUGUUCGUUCCCAUGGUCUUAACCGGUGAGCUUUUCCGUGCGUGGACUGCGUGCUCACAACAUCCGUACGUGUAUGGAGUGCUUGUAUUCGAAGCCAUGGCCACAUUCAUCGGUCAAGUCUCUGUUCUAUCGCUCAUUGCACUCUUUGGAGCCGCUACAACCGCCUUAAUAACAACAGCGAGGAAAGGUGUUACGUUGUUGCUGUCGUAUUUGAUAUUCACAAAGCCAUUAACAGAACAGCACGGAUCGGGGUUGCUGUUGAUAGCAAUGGGAAUUGUAUUGAAGAUGGUACCGAUGGAUAGUAAACCUCCGAGCAAGAUUCAGGCGAGACCAGCGGUUAGGAAAGAUGGAGGUGAGGGUGAGAGAGGAGAUGAAGAGGAGAGAAAGUCACUGGUUUAAUAUUGUGCCAUAUAGCUAUCUAUACAUAUUCUAUAUAAGAAGUUCAAAGGGUUUAUAUAGAAUAAUAUUGGACUAACAAAAAAAAGCGAAUAGAGUACUGAAAAAUUGUUUUAUUUUGCUGGAAAGAUAAUGUUGAGCUGUUAUACUGUUAGUCCAUUGGUGUCA